AUGGCGAACGACUUCCAGUCUGCCAUGACCCUUCGGUCGCUCCGCAUUCUGAAGAAUGAACUGGAAUUUCUUUCUGAUUCAUCUGUCAUUCAGCGCCAUCAGCUGAAUGCGAUUCUGGCGCAACUGCCCUCCGAGGCCGAUGUCCGUGCUGCGACUCCUGGCCAGACCCAACGAGCGCCCUCACCAGUACAACCGCUACCUGUGCCCGUUCAAGCGCAACCCCCUCCAGCCCCAUACUCACCCCCCGUAUCUCAUAUGUCGAAUGUCUCGUUGAACGAGAAAGCGCCAAUCCCGGUCCACAACCAAUAUGUUUCCCCGCCGCCUCAGGCGCCGCCCGCUUAUCCUCAGGUUCCGCCAAUCCUAGCAAUCGCCUCAGCUCUGUACGCAUAUACACCCACUGAUCCCGGCGAUCUGGCAUUGUCACCAAAUGACCGCAUUCAAGUUAUUGAACACAUGAACGAUGACUGGUGGCGUGGUCGCAAUGAACGCACUGGCCAAGAGGGUAUCUUCCCUCGAAGUUAUGUAAAUAUCAUUAACGAGAAGGGCAAUGUCUCAUCACCCCCUCCUCCUACCAAUUAUGGAAAUAUGCCCUUGGAGGUCAGCCAGAGCGGAUCCGGUCCACAGAAUCCGGACGAGCCCAAAGAUAAGAGCAAGUUCGAACAGAACGGAAAGAAGUUUGGCAAGAAGCUAGGCAAUGCUGCAAUCUUUGGUGCCGGCGCUACCGUGGGCUCCAAUAUUGUCAACAGCAUUUUCUAG